AUCACUGAACUUAGAAAGAAGUUUGCUGAGGUCGAGACUGAGAAUAUAAAAUUAAAACAAGAUAAAGAAAAAAUCAAGCUCAGAUUUGUGGAAUUAGAGCAGAAAGACAAAGAGAAGUCCAUCCUUAUUACUAAAUUACAACACGAUGUCUCAUUAAUCAAGGAACAGAGCAUGCGGGACAAGAACACAGAGUGUCAUCAAACUGUUAUUGAUACACAAAAUGCACUUUCUACAAAAGACAUUUUACAAUCUUCGAUAAAUUCUAACCACUUCGUGUCUGCCUUCGGCAAUGAUACACCCGAACAGACAGUCCUACAAUGCGAGGAUAUCCCGAUAUCUAAUAUAACUGAUAACACUUUAAAUUCUAAUGAUACUCAUGAACAGAUAGUCUCACAUAAUGAGGAGUCUAACAUAUCUACUCACGAAGAAUUAGAGACAUCAACAUUUCUUAUCCCCACGAAAACCAUAUCAUUGGAAGAAAAAGAAGAAAACGAAUUUCUGGAUUCAAAGUAUAAGGAACAGGUUAGUAAAGAGAUAAUGGAGAGAAUUAGGAAGAAGAAACUUCGAGAUCAAGACCUAUCUUUGGUUAGCCAUAAGAAAAAGGGAACAGAUAAUCUCCAGCAAGAAUUGUUCAAUACUUCUUUAGAAACGAGUUCACAAGACCACUCACUAUCAAAAAAUAUUAAACCGGGACAGAUCGAAAUUUCUGAGAUGGCCCGUCCCGAAAAAAAUGAGAGUGUGGAUGAUUCCGUGAAGUGUAUUGUUAAUUCAUUUGACAUUAAUAAGGUAUCAUAA